AUGGAUACACAUAAUAAAUUAAAAAUUUUACAGUGCAACCUCGACAGAUGUAAGAAUGCACAACAUGAGAUUCUUCUCUCCUUUAUGGCCGGUGAUUAUGACAUCGCCCUCAUCUCCGAGCCAUAUAUUGGUUCUGGAGAACAGCCUAUCACAGACAGCCAGGAGACUGCCAAAGCACUUCUUGACCACUUCUACCCAGAUGACUCACCAGACACCUUAACGCGACAUCACGAGCUCAUAUCAGAAAUGACCGACCUUCCUCAGUCCCACGAUGAUCCUGCCUUCACCCAGGAGGAGGUGUUAGAGUGCUUAAAACAAAUGAGCCCCAAGAAGGCUCCCGGACUUGAUAACUUCACAUCCGACAUAUGUCAGACAUUUGCAACAUAUUACCCUAGACUCCUGACAGAUAUACUGAACCGUUGUCUUACACUCCAACACUUCCCUGACCAGUGGAAAACAGCAUACGAUUAUGUCCGCGAUUGGAAGGUCAUCCUUGACCAUGCGGGGAGGCGAGUCACCAAGACGAUGUCUAAAGGCUGCAUACAAGGUUCCACGUGUGGGCCUGUUCUCUGGAAUAUCAUACUAGACGAGCUGCUCGAUGCGAGGCUUCCAGCGGGCUGUCACAUACAGGCUUUUGCGGAUGAUGUCUUGCUGGUUGUCACGGCCGCGAGUGUCGGCGAGCUGGAGAGUGCUGCCAACUUAGCUCUCCACCAUAUAGUCGAGUAG